CGCCACGUGACCGUAUUCCUGGAAAGUUCCUGGAAAUGCUGCCUUUGUGUUUACGGUGAUCCGGCGGUGAUCCGGUUCUCUGCAGGACUAGGAGACGCGGCUCGGCGACGGACGGACGGACGGACGGACGGAUCGGUGCCUUAAACACAGUCCGGUUAACGGGAGCCGGUCGGUGCUUCGAGGCGGGGAUUCGGUGCUCAGAUCCGACGAUCGGACCUCCGAGGGGACCCGCCAUUAGAGAGCCGAGGGGAGCGGAGCGGAGCGGACCGGGGACUGGACCGGGGACUGGACCGGGGACUGGACCGGGGACCGGAGCUCGGAGCUCCUCUGCGGGUCUGACAUGUCGAGUGUUACCGGAGGACGAACUUCAGACUGGACUCAUGUCUGAGCGGCGGGCCUGAAGCCGGACCAGUCCAAUGACCUGCCAGUCCUCUGAGUCCACGGAAACCAUCGAGGACAGACGAGCCGACAACACCUCUGCUGUGGACGAGAGCCGGGUGGCCCUUGCCAUGAAGGACCUCAGGAACACCGGGUGGUACUGGGGGAGUCUGACCGCUAACGAAGCCAAAGAGAUCCUGCAGGACGCCUCGGAGGGGACCUUCCUGGUGCGGGACAGCUCCCAGCAGGACUACCUGUUCACCAUCUCGGCCGUGACGUCGGCGGGACCCACCAACCUGCGCAUCGAGUACAAACACGGCAAGUUCAAGCUGGACUCGGUGGUUCUGGUGAAGCCGCGGCUCAAGCAGUUCGACAGCGUGGUCCACCUGGUGGAGCACUAUGUCCAGCUGUCCAGGACCAGCGACAAGGCAGCGAUGGCGAACUCUGACUCAGCGGCGGCGGCACCCAAUGGCAUGGUGCAGCUGCUGCUCACCAAACCAGUUUAUACCACAACACCGUCGCUGCAGCACCUGAGUCGCAUUGCCAUCAACCGCAGGACGCGGCGGGUUCAGGACCUGCCACUGCCCAACAGACUGAAGGACUACCUGACGGACUACGCCUACAACGUGUAGCCGGGGGGCGGAGCCAUGCCGACAUGACCACUGACCAAUCCCAGCUGCCCUGGGACAAACAGGAAGUAACAUCCGGACGAUCUUCGUCUCUUCUGGUCGCAGGUGAUGCAAAGUUACCUGAAGUCACAUUACCUCCACACACAGGUACACAUGUAACCAGAGUUCUGAGAGUUCCUGAUCAUUGAUAGGGACCAAUACCAAUCAAUACGAUCAAUACCAAUCAAUACCGAUCACUUCAGAUCAAUACAGAUCCCCAUUGCUAAUCAUCGUUCGUAGCAACAGAUUCCUCUGCAACCAACAGUUCCACCAAUCGGAUAUUCACAUUAUCAAUAAAUCAUCUCGUCUGUAAAAUGGUGAAAAAUGUCGCAGCUAUCAUCGUCGUGUUUUAUCAGAAUAAUUAUUGAUUAAUUAUCAGUCAAUCAGCUGAAUUUAACAAAUUAAAUUUGCACAAAUUUGAAAGGAGGCUGUUGAAAACAAAGUGGAAGAUUAACCUAGCAUUAGCCUAAACAUGACAGCAUUAGCCUAAACAUUAUAACGUUAGCCACAACAUUAGCCUAAAUAAUAUAUCAUUAGCCUAAACGAGACAACGCUAGCCUAAGUGAGGCAAAUUUUACUGAUAUGUUAGCUUAACCAAGAGAAGUUUAGCUGUUGCGUUAGCCUAAAUAAGAUAUUGUUAGGCUAAAGUAACAGCUAACAAAACAACAUUAGUCUCAUCAAGAGAAGUUUAGCUGCUACAUUAGCAUGUAUUAGAUAACUUUAGUCACUAUAUUAGCUUUACCAAGAGAAGUUUAGCUGCUACAGUAGCUUAAAGAUGAUAAUGCUAACUGCAACAUUAGCAGCUAAGUUAGCCUAAACUAGAUACUGUUAGCCUGGACCCAAACAAAACAACAUUAGCUAAAGCAUGACGAAUUUAGCUGCUACGUUAGCAUAUAUAAGGUAGCUUUAACCACUAUGUUAGCCUUAUCAAGAGACGUUUAGCUGCUACGUUCGCAUAUAUAAGGUAGCUUUACCCACCAUAUUAGCCUUAUCAAGAGAAGUUUAGCUGCUACAGUAGCUUAAAGAUGAUAAUGCUAACUACUACAUUAGCUGCUACAUUAACCUGAACAAGAUAUUGUUAACCUGAACCCAAACAAAACAUUAGCCUCAUCAAGAGGAGUUUAGCUGCUACAUUAGUAUAUAUAAGGUAACUUUAGCCACUAUGUUAGCUUACACAAGAGAAGUUUAGUUGCUCCAGUAGCUUAAAGAUGCUAACUACUACAUUAGCUGCUACGUUAGCCUAAACUAGAUGAAAUGAUGAAUCAAUUAUCAAACUAAACUCUCUGUUGAUCACCUAAUUGUUUCAGCGCUAACUUGGUUUGGUUAUUUUGGGUAUUUUUCAAGAAUUUAUUGAUUUCCUGAAGAACAGAAGUCGACUAAAGUAAAUAUUGAUCAUUAAUUAUUGGAAAGUGUUCCUGUUUCACUUGUUUUGUUUAAAAAAAACUCUCUGAAUAGUCGUGGAUUGUUUCCCUGGCGGCAUUCUGAUUGAUUAGCUGAUUGAUCCGUUCGGCUCUAAAAACCAAAACAAGCGUCUGAUUGGCUGCUGGGGAGCAACUGACCUGGAGAACGUCAUUAAAGUGGCAGAAGCAGAACUGAGUGAACCUCCCCGCCUUUCUACCUGUAAACACCUGGAACGCUGUGCUCUGAUUGGCCGAUGGAGGCGGCUUUCCCGAUCAAUGCGUCGAACAAACAAACACUCCCAGUUGUUGAUGGUUUCAUGAGAACAAACGUCAGCCCGGGUUUGACCUCUCCGGGCUCCGGUAGACUUUGUCCUGCCGCUGUAGUGCUCUGCAGCCGGAAGCCAAUCAGGUCGCAGGAAAACAAAGGUGUGGCAUCACACAGAGGAAAAUACAGAAACACUGAACGCCUCGUAUUCAAACUGAAAACCAACAAACAGCAGCUCUGGACAGCAAAACUCCAGCCAGAAAACGUUCAUUUUUAGGAUUCCUUGAUGAUCAAUAACCAUCAUUAGAAUGUAAAAUAUUAAUCUGUUUGAAAACUUAGAAUCAUCUGCUAAAUUUUUCACAAAUUAGAUUAUUCAUGUACAGUUAUAUUUCAGAAAAAUUAGAAAAAAAGUUUCAGCUCCCUUGUUAGCACUUUUUGUCUGUUUAAAGGCCGUUUAACAAAUAUAACCAAACUCCAUUCAAACAACGUUCAUUUUUAGGAUGCCAUUCGCAUAGAGACCGUUAGCGUGGCUCGUUUAGGCUAAUGUAGUGGCUAACAUUAUCUUCUUUAAGCUAGUGUAGCGGCGAACAUUAUUUUGUUGAGGCUAGUGUCGUGGCUAACAUUAUCUUGUUUAGGCUAAUGUAGCGGCUAACAUACCCUUGUUUAAGCUAAUGUAGCAACUUACAUUAUCUUCAUUAGGCUAACAUUGCAGUUUACAUUAGCUUGUUGAGGCUAACAUAGCAGCUGAAAUUAUCUUGUUUAGGCUAAUCCCUCUGGGGAUUAAUAAAGUCAGUCUAAGUCUAAUGUUGCAGCUAAUAUUAGCUUGUUUAGGCUAAGGUAGCACCUUACAUUAGCUUGUCUAGGCUAAUGUAGCAGCUAACAUUAUCUCGUUUAGGCCAAUGUCUCAACUUACAUUAGCUUGUUUAGGCUAAUCUAGUGGCUAACAUUGUCUCGUUUAGGCUAAUGUAGUGGCUAACAUUAUCUCCUUUAGACUAAUGUCAUAGCUAGCAUUAUCUUGUUUAGGCUAGUGUAGCAUCAAACAUUAUCUUGUUUAGGCUAGCGCAGCAGCUAACAUUCAGUUGUUGAAGCUAAUGUAGCAGCUAACAUUAUCUCGUUUAGGCUAAUGUAAUGGCUAACAUCUUGUUUAGGCUAAUGCAGUGGCUAACAUCAGCUUGUUUAGGAUAAUGUAGAGGCUAACAUUACCGAGCAUAUUUCAUAAAACAUCCUCAAAAAAAACUUCAGCUCCCUUGAUUGCACUUUAUGUCUGUUUAAAGGCCGUUUAACCAAAAUAACAAAACUCCAUUCAAAAAACAUUCAUUUUAAGGUUCCCUGGUUGAAUUUAAAUCAGGAACCUUUUAUUAAACGCUUGGGUCGGCUGAUGAAUUAGCCCAAUAUUAACUCUUUCUGUCUGUUUAAACUUUCAAAAUAUUUUAUUCUACUUAUUUGGACACAUCCUUAAAAUGUUUUAACUGAACUGGUCGAUCUUUCUUUGUGUUGGAGACCAUUUAAUAGUUCAACCAGACUCCAUUCAAAAAUCGUCUGUUUUUAGGUUCCCAUGUAAACUAUUCACUAAAAACACAAAAUGGAACAUAAGUUUUUAAAUUUCUGUCAAACAUUUGAAGCACCUGGUUAAUUCGGCACAUAUUGGAUUCAUCAAAAUAUUUAAUAUAAAUGUUAAUUUUACUUAUUUUGGAUACGUCAGAAAUCCGAGUUUAGCUAAUAUAGCUAAUUGUUAGCUUCAAAAGUCUUUAAUUUUAAGGAUUUUCCUUUUGAUUAUCAACUAGUUUGUGGUUAAAUUCAGUUUAAUUUGAUUAAACUGUCCCUGAAUCAGAUCUCGGAGGGUUACAUGUGUACCUGGAGAUCAAUAAAUUCUUAUCAACUAUCAGCUUAUUCCAAACAAAAACACAAACACAGUUGCACUUGACAAAUCCCUGAAAUUAAUAAAUAAAUCAAAAGUUUAUUUAUGCUUCAUGUUUAUGUUUCAUGUUUAUUGAUUCCCUUCAGAAUAAAUCAAUAACUGAUCGAUCUGAUCGUAACUUCAUCACCUGUGCUGAGGGGGCGGGGCCACGUCCUGGUCAGGUGGUCACCCAGGUAAAAGGGGCGUGUCCUGCUGCUGAUGUUUCUUCUUCUUCUUCUGCCUUUGUAUGGAGGCCAAACAGCGCCGCCAUGUUUUCUGCUUUCCAGUGAAUGAAUCUUUAUUCUGAACACGAAGACGAGCGUGGGCCUUGGAACGCGUCGCGGCCGCGGACUGGAGGCCGCGGGGGGAUUUUCUAAAGAUAUUUAUUGAUUGUGUCACACUGUGUUUUCUGGUACAUUUUUUGUAAAAGACUCUGAAAGCAUGCGAUGUUCUGCAACCCGUAAACAUUGAUCAGCUGUGAGAUCAAUAAAGUUUUAUAUGGUGCUUCA